UCUCCCAUUUCACUCCCGAUAUACGAUCCGACGCACACUUUUAAUUACAUUUCAUUUCACGAGCCCUCUCUCCUUUGGUUCGGGGACUCCGAAUCUCGGCCACCGGAGCUCCAGCGGUAGGUGCGCGGGACGACAUAUAUAUACAUAUAUAACACGUACAAUGGCUGCCACCACCACCCCCACCAUCGAGGAGAUCAGGAAGGCCCAGCGUGCGAGUGGCCCUGCCACUGUCCUUGCCAUAGGGACCGCCACCCCGAGCAACUGCGUGUCCCAGGCGGACUACCCCGACUACUACUUCAGGAUCACCAACAGCGAGCACAAGACCGAGCUCAAGGAGAAGUUCAAGCGCAUGUGUGAAAAGUCGAUGAUAAAGAAGAGAUACAUGCACCUGACCGAGGAAUUCCUGAAGGAGAACCCAAACAUGUGCGCGUACAUGGCAACGUCGCUGGACGCUAGGCAGGACAUUGUGGUCGUGGAGGUGCCGAAGCUAGGAAAGGAGGCGGCCUCGAAGGCCAUCAAGGAAUGGGGUCAGCCCAAGUCGAAGAUCACCCAUCUCAUCUUCUGCACCACCUCUGGAGUCGACAUGCCCGGAGCCGACUACCAGCUCACCAAGCUGCUCGGCCUCCGCCCCUCCGUGAAGCGAUUUAUGAUGUACCAGCAGGGAUGCUUCGCCGGCGGCACGGUCCUCCGUCUAGCCAAAGACUUGGCAGAGAACAACAAGGGCGCCCGCGUCCUCGUGGUGUGCUCGGAGAUCACUGCUGUCACGUUCCGUGGACCCUCCGACACCCACCUCGACUCCCUUGUUGGCCAAGCCUUGUUCGGGGACGGUGCUGCUGCUGUGAUCGUCGGUGCAGACCCCGACACCAAGAUUGAGAGGCCGCUCUACCAGCUGGUCUCGGCUGCGCAGACCAUCCUACCGGACUCUGAUGGUGCGAUCGACGGCCACCUCCGCGAGGUUGGCCUGACCUUCCAUCUCCUCAAGGACGUGCCUGGCCUGAUCUCCAAGAACAUCGAGAAGAGCCUUGUCGAGGCCUUCACCCCGAUCGGGAUCAACGACUGGAACUCCAUCUUCUGGAUCGCCCACCCCGGGGGGCCGGCCAUCCUGGACCAGGUGGAGGCCAAGCUGGGGCUGAAGGAGGAGAAGAUGAGGGCCACGCGCCACGUGCUGAGCGAGUACGGGAACAUGUCCAGCGCGUGCGUGCUAUUCAUCCUCGACGAGAUGAGGAAGAAGUCGCUCAAGGAAGGGAAGGCCACCACCGGCGAGGGCCUCGACUGGGGUGUCCUCUUCGGGUUCGGACCAGGUCUCACGGUGGAGACCCUCGUGCUGCACAGCGUCCCGAUCGAGCCGGCUCACUGAGCCAGAUUGGUCGGUCGACGAUUACACGGCGUUUAAUUAAGGGUAUUUAUUGGUUUGGCGGGUAAUAAUUAAUAGUGUGCGUUUGUCAUGGUGGCAGUCGUAACGACAUGGGGGGAAAUGAAAUUCAAAUGAAUCAAAGUGAUAUCUCCGGCUUUGUUUCGUUUUGUUUAAGGUUUUUUUUUCACCUUUUUUUUUUUCCUCUUUUUCAAGUAAUUUGAAACUUUGUUCUUUGUAUCUCAAAUGGUCGAUGAUAAUGAAAUAUUCACGAGCCAUUGCAAUGUU